GCUCUUAGUCGGGUCAGGUUUGGUGGAAAUGUAGAGUGAAGUUGCCUUUGCCAAAACCCGGCGCGUAUUGGAUAGAGAAUCGUCGAUAAUUGCUCAUCCUUUUUAAAGCCUACUUGGCCUAUUUUUGGAGUUAACGUUUACGUUUGGAGCUCAGCAAUGUCUAUUGAACCCAUUACGAUUACGCUGGAGACAGACUCCACAUCUAGUUCUUUCCCACUGGCUUUAAAAAAAAUUCUUGAAAUACCCCCGCCGAAUCUGCUGGAAGGAGACGAUGAAAAUGACAAAGACAAGCUGUGCACGGGAGAUGUCUCAGAACUCCUGGGUUCUGUCACUGGGCUGGGCCCCUCGGCCUCCUUAACCCCUGCCAUCUGGGACAAGACAAUCCCUUUCGAUGGGGAGACCCUCCACCUUGAAUACAUGGACCUGGAGGAGUUCUUGAUCGAGAAUGGCAUCUCCGCUGAAGAAGGAACUAAAAAGAGCCCAAGCAAGGAGGAGUCCGUGGCACAGGCCAAGACAUCUUCCUCAGUGUCCACUGUGGUCAACAAUGCCCAGCCAUCUGCCUCUGUCCAACUGCUUCCCAUUCUGGAGCUGGACCAUUGUCAGGAGGAAGUCAUCAGUGACGAUGCCACAGAGAAGGACCGCAUGACUCCGGAGCCUGAGGACCCAGAGGAGAUCGAGGUGGAUGUGAACUUUGAACCCGACCCAACUGACUUGGUGCUGUCCAGUGUGCCUGGUGGUGAGCUGUUUAACCCCCGCAAGCAUCGCUUCAAAGACGAGGACCUCAAGCCGCAACCAAUGAUCAAGAAGGCCAAGAAAGUGUUUGUACCUGAAGAACAGAAGGAUGAUAGAUAUUGGGAGAGGCGUAAGAAGAACAACUUUGCAGCAAAGCGCUCCCGUGAUGCCCGGCGACUUAAGGAGAAUCAGAUCACAGUGCGGGCGGCGUUCCUCGAGCGGGAGAACACGGCGCUGCGACAGGAGGUGGCCGAGCUCCGAAAGGAAAAUGGCCGCUUCAAAAACGUAGCGACUCGCUACGAGGCCAAAUACGGAGCCCUUGAACCGGCGGAAGACCUCUAGAUUAAAGUUCAUGUAUAUUUUUAUGGGAUCGGGGAGGAGGGGUUGUUCACCUUACCGAAGUGUAGCGUGUAAGAUGAAUGGGGUGUAGACUGUAUAGAGCUCUCGAAAAGACGAAGAGGAUGAAGAGAAGACUGCUGUGAGUGGGUCGUUAGCUGGAUUGUUGGGAGCUGAAUGAAUGUGAGCUGUCACUGUGAUGUGACACAGCAUUGUCUUUCAUGGUUAUUUUAUUGUGUUCUUUUUAUUUUGAAACAUUUGCCUGCGUUAAUGUUUGUACAGUGUCUUGGAUUUUAAAGUCUUUUUUUUCUAUUAAUACAAUGCAACAAUUUCUAGCCAUGUUUUGUUCAUGGCAGAGGACUGGUUUGCGGGAGGGGGGUGUUAAAAAUAAGAUGAGCACCAAGCUCUGUUUGUAUUGAUAGGCCAUGGCACAACUGGCUUCAAAGUAGGUUUGUCAGUUCUAUCUAGUAAUGAUCACUUUUGCUUCCAUGUCACCUUACUGGUUUGACUCAAUUUUCAAAUAUCACUGUCGGGGGGAUGAAAAUGAUGUGAAUCAAAGCAAUCAGUGACCGACAUUAAUGGGUAGUUAACUGAUGCACAUAUGUAAUUUAUUCACUGUGUCUCACAGAGCUGUGUUUAAAUGCCUUCGUUAGAGGUAGAUACGCAUGGUCCUCCUGGCCAACAUGCUUGCAGUGCAGUGUUGUGUACAAUCUGUCUAUCUGUGCUGUUUUUUGAAACUGCACAUAGAACCUGAUGUUUAAUUGUGAAACCAUUUAUCCGAUUUGUCCUGACUGUCAGUGAACUGUUUGUCCAGACUUUUGUUUAAAUGCAUGUAUCUUCAAAACUCACUUAGCCCAAGAGUUGAUCUCUGUAAAGAUAUAAGAAGAAAGCCAUUCAGACCAAGUAACUUCUUCACAUGUAAACUGCUAUGGAUUCUGGCAUGUUUUACUUACUUUCUUAUAAGUGGGUAUCGUUUCACAAAACUGUAUUACUGACUUGUCCUGAUAACUACUGUCCUAUGUUAAAACCAGAAAAGACUGUUUUUCAGAUUUGUGCUCCACAGGUAUCAGAUGGACUCUGAAAUAUUUCCUGGUGAAUCAUCCGAGUUUUUUUUGUUGUUUUCCUUCUUGAAAUGGACACUUUUGUUUACCCCAUAUACAGCAGAGCCAUGUGCUGGUUCACCAUUAUACUCUGGGAUCUUUUGGAGGUCAGUCACAUGACUGAAGGACAUGUACCAUACAUGUGAGAAGCCUCCUACUAUAGCUCAUGUUCCAUAUUGAGCGUAACACACGCAAGUGGCCUCAACUGAAAUAGAACUGGUUGGCAUUUUGAUCAUAGUAUACUGGGUCACAGGUCAACCAAGAUUGUUUCCUCACCUCAGCAACCGACAUAUCAGGAAAUCCUCGAAAUGCAUUUCUUCUGCCGUAUAAAGAGGGUGGCACUGUCUCUGCAAGGACCUCAAACCCUCCUCAAGUGUCUUAAGCUGACUCCACACAGCACUUAAAUUGGCCUGUUUACAACAGGCUCCGGCAUGUAACAUAUCAGGAACCCAUAAUCAGAUUCUCAGUUGGGGCCUCCGUUCUCUUCAGUCAGUGUCUUUCUGUUUGUUGCCAUUGUGUCAAAAUAAUGUGCUUCAGUAGUAAGAUUGAGAUCAGUUUAACUUAAAGUAGACUAUGUUUUAUGAUGUCAUUGUCAUAAUCAAGGAUUGUUAUUUAUCCUCUGUGCUAAUUUAAGUGGCCAUGAUGGUGUAGCGUCUCAAAAAAGGGAAAGCAGCAAUUCAGGCGAAAUUGCUUAGUCAAAUUGAACUCUGGGAUGUUUGCAAUUAAACCUAAAAUUACAUAAUUUUAAUUCUUCAGUAGUUAAAACUAGUGCUGUAAUCAAGUCUUGACUCUGGGAUGUUUGCAGUUAAACUUACAAUGACAUUUUUAAUUCUUCAGUAGUGAAAAUUGUGCUGUAAUCAAGUCUUGAUUGUGGAAUAAUUUUAAUCUUAUCUGAGGCUAUAAUUGUAUUGAAAGUUCAACAGUUUCCUUGUCAGACGUGUGCCUUGCCAGCAUAUCCUCAGUGUCCUCAACUUCUCUACAGUUUUCUAUAUACACUCUUUGAACAGUUAUCAUAUUUCUUAUAUUGGGCUUCCAUUCAGUUACAACAGCAUUCAGAGCAAGAGGCAUCAGACUCAUUAGCAACCUCUCGAGCUUCCUGGCUUGCAAUUCUGGCCAUCCUUUUAGAGUAUUUUUCUUUUUGGUUAAUUUUGUAAGCAAUAGGUUCUUUAAAAAAAGAAAAGUCUGUUAUACAAGCAGUCUUUCAAAUUACCCCUCUGGUUUCGUUUUGUAUAAAGCAAAUUGCUCCCGCUUUUUCUUGUAAUGUGUUGUAAAUAUUAAUUAAAAACAUUUUACUUAA